UCUUUAAAGCUUGCCGCGGAGGUGCUCGCUGUGAGAGUUCCCAAAAAAGUCUUCGCAGAGAUCCAUUAAAGUUAAACAGCCCGAGGAAAUGGCUCUAAUGAUAUCCGCCGCGCUGCCAGUCUUUUUCUUCUCUGUGUGGACGCUGUGUGUUGAGGGCACCGGGUGCAAUAUGACCGGUGUGUGGGUGAGUGACCUAGGCUCGGUCCUGAAGCUGGCUGUGCUGGAGGACUCCGAGCUGAGGGGGCUCCUCACCAGCUCUGUGGAGACCGUGAAGGGGGCAGCGGGCAGUAUGCGGCAGGGCAAUGUGCAGGGGAUCCUGAAUCGGGGGCCACGCCCUUCCUUUGCAUUUUCUGUGGCAUGGGAUGGAGGCUCCACCAGCUCCUGGGUGGGCCAGUGCUUUGUGCAGGAGGAUGGCCGACGGGUUCUGAAGACCCUCUGGAUGCUGCGAUCCCUUGCUCUGAGUUCUGUUGACAACUGGAAGAGCACCAGGAUGGGGGAGGACACCUUCUACAGUGUACCGCCUGAUGAGUGACUGCUGGGAAUAGGAGUGUAACUGUGAUCAUCCUAAUAUUCUCUUGUAAAGAAUUGUCCCUUUCCACAGUGUUUCAGGUUUGGUCUUUUGCUGGUGUAGCCAAUAUACCUCAUCCUCAAGUGUGGCAACCCUCUGUAAUGUUCAGGUUUGGCUGCCUAUACAGGCAAAUUAAAUGUUUAUUGCAUAAUUGUGCCAAUAUUUGUUGCCCAAGGAGUGUGACCACUAUUCAGCAACAUUUUUAGAUGGGAUUAAAUCAAUCCAGCUUCUGCAUUAUCCACUGUGGGUGAGCAGGAGUCCAUAAACCCUGGUUUGGAUGCCACUCAAUUGCUGGGUAGACGCACAGCCAUCUGUACUUACACCAGGGCAACAUAA